AGCUUUUCACAACCUCUUUGUAUAGUAUUUGCUGGUGAGAUUCAUGCAAAUUUCUGAACUCAGAGCAUGAUUCUGUGUAGGCGAUGCUGUGGGUAUGGUCUCUCAGCAUCUCACCAGCAGUGCAUGUUUCUGACAGGAUACUGAUUGGCACUGCACUGUGACUGAUGAGCAGAACCCCCUGACAAGCUGAAAGAACUCUUGUGGGACAUCUCUGCUUCAUGGACCCAUUUUAUGGCAUCUGGAAAGGUGACUACUCAUGGCUGUGACAGAGGAGUGGUGAGAGUGUCUGCAGCAGACAAUGGGGAAACAGGUCUCAUAAUGUGCGUAUGCAAUGAGGAUCAUUUAAAUAAGGCGAUGUGCUCACACCCUGAGUUUCCUGCUGCUAUCAGCAGAGUCACCAUGAGUGAGUCUUUAAUAGUUCCUGAAACCCAUUCCAUGAAGCAGAUCACGGACAAGUUGCCUAGAUAUUCCAUGGUUGUUUUCAAGAAAUUCAAGCAAAGAACUGAAGGCCCCCUGCUGGCCUCUCCUAGAAACACAGGUCAACAAUGCCAGGCAGCUUCCGGGCCAACAACACUCUAGUCUGCUCUGUGGUGCAUCUCUGCUAUGCUGGCUAUUUAGUCCUCUGACCUUAACAUUCACAGCACAUGAUCAGUACGGGGAAAGGCUGCACAUGGAGGGGACUUCCCUCAGAGGUGACUAACAGGUCUCAAAAAUAAGUUCUCCAACAACCUGCUCAGCCCACGAACCUGGGAGGCUUGCCACUGAGUCCAGGACUCCAGGAGACACUGAGUCAGGGCGGGAAGAAAACUCAACAGGGAGACUAGACAGGCUUGGACACCGCUGGUUCUUGCCCAUUGGUCCUCCCAUCAGCCUCCUUCAGAUGUAGACAUCUCCAUCACGGAGUCUGUAGCUCAGAAGAACUAUCCCUGUCCCGGCUAUAGACGUCCUUGCCAGGGACGCUGCAAGAUGUUUAAGAAUGUUACAAUUUUCUGUUCUUUAAGCUAAAGGAUAAAGACCGUGGACAAAACCGGAUUCUCAUACUGUUUCAUCAAUACAAGGUUGUUGUCUUCAUGUCUUUUCCUGUUGCUGUGAUAGAAUACCUUCUUGCAUAAAGGCGAUUUAAGGAGAGAAGAGUUUAUUUUAGCUCACAGUUCAAACUACAGCCAGCCUGUCAAUGCGGAGAAGUCGAAGCAGCAGAAGUUGGAGCAGCUGGUCACGUGGAAUCCACCACGAGGAAGAAGGAUGAGUGGCUCGUGUCCAGUUCGCUGUCUCCAUUUAUACACUCGAGAGUCCAUAAGGAAUGGUCCAGCCCACAGUUAAGAUGGCUCCUUCCACAUUUUCAGAAACUCAGGUUACUCUAAAGGACGACCCCUCACAAGUGUGCCCAGAGGCAUGUACCAUGGGUGGCUCUAUAAAGUGUGUCAAGUUACUAAUUAACACUAAUCAUCACAGUUUUGUUCCUUAAAAGAUUCAUAAGAAUUAUAGUGAGCAAACAUUCUGAAAUAUUAACACUGUGUUGUUCUGGGUUCUGAAAUGCUUUGUGCAAGUAUUAAAAUAUUAAUUAAUGCUAUUUAAAAACA